UUUAUAUAUGAAUCGCAUGGUUAUGUCUACUAAUAAUGCUGCCAUAUGUUUAUUAGACUAUUUGACAGUCAAGAAUAUUUUUAUUCCUUAGUUUUUCGCAUCUGCUUCCCCAGAUACUAUUCAAGUCCUGCACCUAGGCUUCAAAAAAAUUCAACAAACGAAACCAGCUCAACGUAUUCUCAACAAAAUAUAUGUCGUCCUAAACUAAUAAAGAAGCUUUUUGAAGAUGUUGCUAAAGAACUUUCAGAAACAGCUAACAUAUUAGAAUCAUGGGUACCUGUUCAUGAUGAAAAUAACGAAUCAGGUGUUGAAGUUAAAAAAAGUUUAAAGAAAAAAAUGCACAAAACAAACAAACGUCUAAGAAAACUAAUUCAAACUAUUCCUUUUUGCUCUGAUUAUCAAGAAACAAAUCUUCCUGUUUCUCUUAUUCGCUUCAUUGAUAAUAGAGGGAGUCCUUAUACAUGGCUUCAAAGUCUUGUUAAAAAAGCACAAGACGGAAAGAAUAAAAAUGAAGCUGAAAUGGAGUGUUUAAAAGAUUUUUACAGUCAGGUCGUACAAAAAACUGCAGCUCCAUCACUAUCAUCUUCUACCUCCAGCAUGGCUGAAAUCGUCGUAGAGCCACAAGCUUCCUAAGGUAAUUUUUUUUUCUUAUAUGUUUACUGUUUUAAUAAAACCAUGGAAUAUAUAAUUCUUCUAUUUUCUAGCUUUUUUCAUAGAUGUUUUAAAAUAUUUUUAUUUACUUUAAUUUUCGACCGCUGAUGCAUUUUCAUUAACAUGAUCGCAAACAACGCCUUUUCCCUUUCUUAAAUUCAUUUCGCAUUUUACAACGUUUGAUCCUCUCAACUCCUGUUUCUUCCUCUGUCAAUAUUGCAAUACGCACUCACAGAAUCAUGAUGCGUCAAAAUAUGCAAUCAUUUUUUUUUGGUUUUUGUUUGUAUAUAACUCGAAACCUCAUACAUUAUUAACUGGACUGUAUAACGCUUAUAUACUUUUAUAAUGAACUAUUUAAACUUUUCACCUCACCCAACUGUGACAACCUCACAAGACAGUUUGCUUUGCACAAUAGUCAACACCUUAAGAAACAACACUAACCCAAAUUUUAUCACGGAGACUCCACAGCGUUCAUCUAUUUCAUCUCAUAAAUCGUUUCCAUGUCGUUUAGUUGAUGACUGCACUUCCUCGCUGCACCUUUUUUUCCCUAUUAAGCAUAUUACAAAACUAAAACAUAAUGAUGCAUCUAGCAAACCGUCAUAUGUCGCACCAUUACCAUUUGAACGAGACUUUGAUGACAUUAAUUCUUUUAAUUUACCAAAAACAGCUUCUUGUAGCUUUUCCAAUUUACCCAACGACACCUAUUUUAGUAGCUCUGAUUCACGGGGUACCCCAAAUAUUUUUCACCGUCAAUGUUAUCCUAUGACAAGUUGUCUCAACAGCAUGAAUCAUGAAUUGAACACAUUUCUUCACGUAAACCAUAACUCUUCCUCACUACCAAUGUAUUCAUGUAUGGAGACGGAUCCCACUUCUUUUGAAAAUUUUAACGUCUCUAUGAUCUUUCCUCAAGCCCCAAAAUUUAUUUAUGAAGAAGACAGUGAAAAUAAUCUUAAAUCUUUUUAAUCCAAUUUUUUAUUUUCUGCAGCGUAUAACCUUUAUAAAUUUAUCGCCAGAACAAUUAAGUUUUGCUUUUUCUUGCUGUUUAUAAACAAUUAAAACAAAACAAAAAAAUGGUUUAUUUCCUACA